AUGUCAGGAACUCCAUCCGACUCAAAACUAGGCCCUCUCCUAGAUGAGAACACCAUGCAGAACUUGUCAUAUGCCCAAAAGUGUCAUAUCGGUAGAACCAAAAACACCGGGGUCGCCGACUAUGGCCGCUAUAGCGACGACCUGAGGUACGAGAGAGACGCGAAGAAGUUUGGAGAACUGCCGGGAGAGCCGCCGCAGCCGCAGCCGCCCAUGGGCUUCGCGCUUAACAGGGCGAAGGCACUGGAGAAAGGACCAAUCAACAAUGCCUACACCAACUUGAACAUAAAGCCGCGAGCGACUGGUGAGAGUGCACAGGGUGAUGUGACUGCGAACGUGGGCGCUCUAAUGCCUGUCCAAACGAACACGUCAUCAACGAACAAAGACGGCAAGAAAGGCAAGAAGAAGAGCUUCUUGGAGUACCUGUUCAGUGAUGACGAAGGCGGGCCAGCUCAAAUCCGUCCAAAGGACAGCAAAGGGAAGGACAAGGCCAAGAAGGUCACCAAGACUGGCAAGUAG